AUGCCGAAACACAAAAGCAAGUCAAAAGUGAAGCGUGGCCAAGCUCUUCAAAAUUAUUGGCAUUUGAGAAAUCAGCGGAAAUCCCAUUCAGAAAAUCUGGACAAAGAUCCGUCAACUGAACCAUUACAUUCAUCUACGACUAUUGAAGAAACUCACGAUCCGUUUGGUAUGGCAGUUGAAGAGGAGACUUCGUCGCCGGAUAUUACGCUUCCACAAGAUCACAUCUUACCGGAAUUAACUAUUGAAAAGAAUCAACCAGAGACAGAAAAAAGAAAUAUAUUUGGCAGACGAAUUGUUGAUAUACAAUACUUUUUUUCAAAAUUGCAAGAAAUCAGCAAUCAUAGCCCCUAUAACUGUGGAGUACAAAGUUUAAAAAUUGUUGGAGAGAAACGAGUUGGAUCGUCAUCCAAGUUGACUCUAGAGUGUUUAAUGUGUAAAGGAAAGUUUUUAUUAAAUAAUGUCCUAGGUGAUCUGGAAAUAAAUACAGAAACAGUCGCGGGUUUGUCGAUGUGUAAAGAAAAGUAUAUUCUAAAUGUCUCCGGUGAUCUGGACAUAAAUACAGCUGCGGUUGCUGGUGCAGUUUCUGUUGGCAUAGGCUACUCACAAUUAGAGGAAUUACUAUCAGCGAUCGAUUUACCUAUGAUGACUGAGCCUCUGUACCAAAAACAGCACGAGUUUGUUUCUAACGCCUGGGAAAAAGCACUUGGUCAAUCCAUGCAAGAAGCUGCAGAAUAA